AUGAACCAAAAGUGCCGAAUCCCUAUCCCGUACCGAUCUCGUCCCAAUCCUGGUACCGAAAAGUGGUACAAACCCAAAUUGGGACAGGAGUUAUUUGUUAGCCAAAACUCAGUGCUAUUCGGGAUUUGGAACCGAAAUCCUGGUCCCGUACAGUUUUGGUAUCGGUCCCGUACUGGGGGCCCACUUUUGGCCAAGUUCGGGAUCGGUUCCGGGACCAAAUUUGAUUGGGCAAGUGGUGAAACCACGAGGCAGUCAACAAGAAUCAGUGAGAAGUUGAAAUCCCCAAAGAAACGGGCCAGAAAGUCUUCAAGUUCAAAGAAGGGUAAUGCAGAGAACGAAGAGCUCAUUCAAGCAAUCACUGAAAUAAAUAUCGAAAUGAAGAAAGAUGAAAAGACCGAGAAAGACAAUGAGAAACAAGAGGAAAGAGAUGGAAACAUCCCUGAAGUGACUGAGGAAACAUCAUGA